UUGAAACUAACUUCCCUGAAUCGCGGGGCCUUUUUCCUUCCCCCAAAGUUUCCCACGUUGUGGCAGUUGAUGUGUAGUCUUGGAUGGACGUAGUCUGGGAUACCUGCAGCACGAGGAGAACCGACCGGAGCAGGUGGGAGAAGCGUGUAAUUUACCAUCAUGGUGAACCAGGUGCAGCGAGGGGAAGGUAAUUGGCAGUCCUGCAAGAGCGACUCCAGUGGGGCCAGUAACAGUGGCGGGGAGAGCUCCAAGGAGAGUUCCCGGUGUUCCACGCCGGUGCUGGAUGCAGACCGGUCAGACAGGCUGCGGGACAAGAUGCGGAGGAGGAUGGAGUCUGGAGACCGCUGGUUCUCGCUGGAGUUCUUUCCUCCCCGCACAGCCAGUGGAGCUGUCAAUCUCAUCUCAAGAUUUGACCGCAUGGGCUCCGGAGGGCCCCUGUUCAUCGACAUUACCUGGCACCCAGCAGGGGACCCGGGCUCAGACAAGGAAACCUCAUCUAUGAUGAUUGCCAGCACAGCGGUCAACUAUUGUGGCCUCGAGAGCAUCCUCCACCUGACCUGCUGCAACCAGACCAAAGACAAGAUUACUGGCUACCUGGCCAAGGCAAAGCACCUGGGCCUCAAGAACAUUAUGGCGCUCAGAGGAGACCCAGUGGGGGUAGACUGGGAGGAAGAGGAGGGAGGCUUCAACUACGCCAUCGACCUUGUUAAACAUAUCCGAUCUGAGUUUGAUGACUACUUUGACAUCUGCGUAGCUGGCUACCCCACAGGUCACCCUGAGGCAGAGAGCUAUGAGCAGGAUCUGAGACACCUAAAAGAUAAGGUCGAUGCUGGAGCAGACUUUGUCAUCACACAGCUGUUCUUCAGGGCGGACACUUUCCUCAAGUUUCUGGAUGACUGCAGGGCGAUAGGUAUCACGUGUCCCAUCCUACCAGGAAUCUUCCCCAUUCAGGGUUACCAGUCCCUGCGUCAGCUCGUCAAGUUGUCAAAGCUGGAGGUACCAGAGGAGAUCACCAGAGUCAUUGAGCCUAUCAAAGACAACGAUGCUGCUAUCCGUAACUAUGGAAUCCAGCAGGCGGUGGAGAUGUGCCGUGUGCUGCUGGACAGCGGGAAGGUACCAGGCCUCCACUUCUACACACUGAACCGAGAGGUGGCCACCAUGGAGGUGCUCCGACAGCUGGGGCUGUGGACAGAAGAUCCCAGGCGGCCUCUUCCCUGGGCCGUCAGUGCCCAUCCCAAACGAAAGGUAGAAGACGUUCGACCGAUCUUCUGGGCCUCCAGACCCAAGAGUUACAUCUACAGAACCCAGGACUGGGAUGAUUUCCCCAACGGCCGAUGGGGAAACUCCUCAUCUCCAGCUUUUGGUGAGUUAAACGACUACUACCUGUUCUACUUGAAGAGCAAGUCCUCCAAAGAUGCUCUGCUGCAGAUGUGGGGGGAGGAGCUGAUGAAUGAGGAGAGUGUGUUCGAGGUCUUCACCUGCUACAUCACAGCCCAGCCGAACCGCAGUGGACACAAGGUGAUGUGUUUGCCAUGGAACGAUGAGCCUCUGGCCCCAGAGACCAACCUGCUGAAGGAUGAGCUGGAGAAGGUGAACAGACGAGGCGUCCUCACCAUCAACUCCCAGCCCAGCAUCAAUGGGAAACCCUCCGCAGACCCUGUAGUGGGCUGGGGACCCGCAGGAGGCUACGUCUUCCAGAAGGCCUACCUGGAGUUCUUCACCUCCAGUGAAAACGUCAACGCUCUCCUCAAAGUACUGAAGAAGUACGAGCCCCGUGUCAACUACCAUAUUGUUAAUGUGCAUGGCCGUAACUUGACCAAUGCCCCUGAACUGCAACCUAACGCUGUGACGUGGGGGAUCUUCCCUGGCAGGGAGAUCGUUCAGCCCACUGUAGUGGACCCGGUCAGCUUCAUGUACUGGAAGGACGAGGCCUUUGCCUUGUGGAUCGAGCAGUGGGCCAAACUCUAUGAAGACGAGUCUCCUUCACGGAUGAUAAUCAAGUAUAUCCACGACAACUACUUCCUGGUCAACCUGGUGGACAAUGACUUUCCUCUGGAGAACUGUCUGUGGCAGGUGAUUGACGACAUGUUUGAGCUGCUCGAUGCUCCUCCAGAGACGCUCAGUGACCUAACAGUGUCAGAAUAAAGUCCAGCAUUUCAAACAGGUUUUUUUUUAAGGAAAGUAACACUAAGGAACUGUCAAUAUUUUAUGCAUCAUCUAUGGAAGCUGCUAUUAGAGUAAGAAGUGUAUUUCGCAGUGUUUUCUAAAGACUUUUUAUAAAUGUUUUUUUUUUAACAUUUGAGUUAAUGGAAAAUCUGGUGGAAAAUGAAACUGUACAAGAGGAUCAGGACCAUCUGUAGCUUUAUCCUCUGCAGUUCCCUCAGCUAAUAAACUCCACUCAGACCCAGAGUUUCUUAUGGACAGAAAAACUACACGAGAAACUAAACUCCCACAUAAUGAAUUGUGAACAUGCUGUGUGCCUUUUAAAGUGUUUUUCAGUAAAUGUUUUAUUUUCAGAGGAAAAUAAAUCAAUUUGUGUAUUUGAAUAAAUUUUUUUAAAGAUAUGUACU